AUGAGUAUCAAAGCGGCACGUCAACAGUUUGAGCCGUACUCGCUAGCAGGAGAUGUGUCUAUAGUGUAUUUGCCGCAGCCCUCGAUAAAUUCGUGCUUCAAGAGCAUUUCCAAAGACGAGUGCGAUUUUUCUGUGAUUCCGUUCGAGAACUCGUCGAAUGGCCAGGUCGUGCUCACCUACGACCUGUUCCGCGACUGGUUUAUCCAGGAAGACCGGCUCAAGAUCAAGCUGCGGGAGAUGGAACAGAGCACCAGCUCGGAGGCUUCUUCCACCAAGACCAGAGACUUCCAGGUGAUUGCCGAGCAGUUUGUCACGAUCCACCACAACUUCAUCACCUACUCGAACGACAUUUCCAAGAUCACGACGAUCUACUCGCACCCGCAGGUCUGGUCGCAGUGCAACAAGUUUUUGCACAAGCACGAGCUCGACAACAAUAUCAAGAUCCAGAAGAUCGACACCUCGUCCACGUCCAAGGCGGUGGAGAUCGUGGCGUCACUCAAGACAGAAGAGCAGCGGCAGACCACCGCGGCUAUGGCCUCGUUGACGGCAAGCGAGAUCCACGGGGUUCCCGUCAAAGUGUCGCAGAUCGAGGAUUUCAAGGGAAAUACCACCCGGUUCCUGGUGUUGAGCAAAAAACAGCUGCCUGUGCUGGACUCGUCGAUCGCGCUCAACAAAGUGUCCGACAAACGGCUCACGCUGCUGACGUUCAUCAUCAAGAACAACGACAAUUUCGGCAGUCUGUGCGACAUUCUACAGGUGUUCAAGCAAUAUAACCUGAAUCUACAAUCGAUUACAACCCGGCCGUCUGUGGUGAGUCCGUGGAGAUAUGUGUUUUUCGUGGAGGUUUGGGAAGGAUCCGGUAUGGCCUCGGCACUGAACGAGAUCGAGGACCUUGUUCUGGACCUGACGGUGCUGGGAUCAUUCCCAAGAAGUGACAAGUUUUUCCAAAUGAUCGAACAAAGCAUAUAA